AUGGCAGUUGUUUUACCAUAUGUUGAUGAUAGAGAAUUUGUGUUAGAGAGAUUUCUUGAUAUUGUUCAUGUAAAAAAUACCAGUGUUUUAUCUCUAAAAGAUGCAAUUGUCAAUUUACUUUCUCAAAAUUCCUUGAGUUUAUCUUAUGUGCAUGGACAAUCCUAUGAUGGAGCAAGUAAUAUGCAAGGUGAUAUCAAUGGUUUUAAGAUGUUGAUUAACAAUGAAAGUAAAUUGGCUUAUUCUAUUCAUUGCUUUGCUCAUCAACUUCAAUUGACUCUUAUUGGUGUUUCUAAAAGAUGUCUUCAAGUAGAACUUGUGCACUUGGUUUCAGAUAUUUUUAAUAUGUUGGGAUCUUCUUAUAAGUGUAUGGAUGAAUAUACAGAAUCUCAAAAAACAAAAAUUCAGGAGGCUUUUGAUACUCGUUGGGCAUCUCACUUCAAAUAUUUUAAUUAUUUUAUUCAUAAGUUUGAUAAAAUUAUAGAUAAACUUGAUAAUAUUGUUGAAACUGCACAUUCUUUGAAUGAAAGAUCUAGGGCUAAAGGAUAUAUUAGAGCUGCUCAAACGUGUGAGAUUGAAUUCAUAUUACAUUUGAUGAAAGAAAUUUUAGGAAUUACAAACGAUCUUAGUACAUGUUUACAAAAUAAAGAGCAAGAUAUUGCAAAUGUCAUGCUACGUAUUGAUGUAGCCAAGAGAAGGUUGCAAGAGUUGAGGGAAGAUAAUAAAUGGGAUUUUUUUGUUUCUGAGGUGUCUACAUUUUGUAUCAAGCAUAACAUUGUGGUUCCUACUUUUGAUGAGCUGUAUGUGAACUCUGAAAGAUCAUGGCGUAAAUCUGUUGACUAUACUGUCUUUCAUCAUUAUCGUGUUGAAGUCUUUUGCAAAAUAAUUGAUUGGCAAUUGCAAGAACUUAAUGAUCAUUUUGAUGAGCUGACAACUGAGUUUCUUCAUGGUGUUUCUUGUUUGAGUCCGGUAGACUCAUUUUCAAGUUUUGACAUUCAGAAAAUAAUGAGAAUGACUGAAUUAUAUCCUGAUGACUUUGAUGAACUUAAUAUGUGUGCACUUAAGAAUCAGCUUGCAAAUAACAUUAUUGAUGUUUGUGACAUUGAUAAAAGGUUCUCCAAUAUAAAUAGGCUUUGUGAUCUUUCAAAAAGAUUGAUUUAG